GGAAGGAGUAUGUGCUUCAUCACAGAUGACCAAUGCAGAGGCAGGACUGUUGUUGUCCUCGUCAUGGUGGGCGCCUGCAUGUAAACAAGAGCGAGGGCACAGCUGCUGACACCCCUGUACUGUGUUCCCAGUGUGCAAGGUGGAAGGGAACGUAACCCACAUGUCAGUGGUCUAGGAUGGCCAGUGAAGGUUCCAAUAUCCCCAGCCCUGUGGUGCGCCAGAUUGACAAGCAGUUUCUAAUCUGCAGUAUAUGCCUCGACCGAUACAAAAAUCCCAAAGUACUUCCUUGUCUUCACACGUUUUGUGAGAGGUGUUUGCAGAAUUAUAUUCCAGCUCACAGCUUGACCCUCUCUUGCCCGGUCUGCCGCCAGACCUCCAUACUACCCGAGAAGGGUGUCUCUGCGCUACAGAAUAACUUCUUCAUUACUAACCUGAUGGACGUGCUGCAGCGGAGUCCAGAUAAUGGUAUAGAAGAGUCCUCCAUUCUGGAGACAGUAAAUGCUGUUGCUGCCGGAAAGCCUUUGUCAUGUCCCAAUCAUGAUGGAAAUGUGAUGGAAUUUUACUGCCAGUCAUGUGAGACUGCAAUGUGCCAAGACUGUACUGGAGGGGAGCAUGCCGAGCACCCCACCGUGCCACUCAAAGAUGUGGUGGAGCAACAUAAGGCCGCUCUGCAGGUUCAGCUGGAUGCCGUCAAGAAGAGAUUACCAGAAAUAGACUCUGCACUACAGGUUGUAUCUGAAAUCGUCAAUCAGCUUGCUGCACAGAAGUCCAGCAUUGUUGAUGAAAUUCAUUCAACCUUUGAGGACCUACAGAAAACGCUUAAUGUUCGGAAGAGCGUACUGCUCAUGGAACUGGAAGUGAACUAUGGGCUGAAACAUAAGGUCCUCCAGGCCCAGCUAGACACCUUAAUUGAAGGACAGGAUAGCAUUAAAAGUUGUAGCACGUUUACAGCACAAGCACUUAACCAUGGAACGGAGACAGAGGUCUUACUAGUGAAGAAACAGAUGAGCGAUAAGUUAAAUGAAUUGGCCGAGCAGGAUUUCCCAUUACAACCGCAUGAGAAUGACCAAUUGGACUUCAUUGUGGAAACUGAAGGCUUGAAAAAGUCUAUUCACAAUCUUGGAACUAUACUGACUACAAACGCUGUGGCUUCGGAGACUGUGGCCACUGGUGAAGGGUUGAAACAGAGCAUGGUUGGUCAGCCUAUGUCUGUUACAAUUACUACAAAGGACAAAGACGGUGAACUGUGCAAAACUGGGAGUGCCUAUAUUUCAGCCGAGCUGUUUACGCCUGACGGUAGUGUCACAGAUGGAGAAAUUCUAGACAAUAAAAAUGGCACCUAUGAAUAUUUGUAUACAAUUCCAAAGGAGGGGGACUUUACUCUGUCUCUGAGACUAUAUGAUCAGCAUAUCAAAGGAAGCCCCUUUAAACUGAAGGUGGUGAAGUUUGCAGAUGUGUCCCCCACAACCGAGGGGGUCAAGAGAAGAGUGAAGUCUCCUGGCAGUGGACACGUCAAACAGAAGGCAGUGAAGAGACCAGCAAGUAUGUACAGUACAGGCAAGAGGAAAGAAAACCCAAUAGAGGAUGAUUUGAUAUUUCGAGUAGGUACAAAAGGAAGAAAUAAGGGAGAAUUUACUAAUCUUCAAGGAGUAGCUGCAUCGACCAAUGGAAAAAUAUUGAUAGCGGAUAGCAACAACCAAUGUGUCCAGAUAUUUUCAAAUGAUGGCCAAUUCAAAAGCCGCUUUGGCAUUCGAGGAAGAUCGCCAGGGCAACUACAAAGACCAACAGGGGUGGCCGUGCACCCAAGUGGUGAUAUCAUUAUUGCAGACUAUGACAAUAAGUGGGUCAGCAUAUUCUCCAAUGAUGGCAAGUUCAAGACAAAAAUUGGAUCAGGAAAAUUGAUGGGUCCCAAAGGUGUAUCGGUUGAUCGCAAUGGACACAUCAUUGUGGUAGACAACAAGGCUUGCUGUGUGUUCAUCUUCCAGCCCAAUGGUAAAAUAGUAACCAGGUUUGGAAGCCGAGGAAAUGGGGACAAGCAGUUUGCAGGACCCCACUUUGCUGCUGUAAACAGCAAUAAUGAAAUCAUUGUGACGGACUUCCAUAACCAUUCAGUUAAGGUAUUUAAUCAAGAUGGUGAGUUUAGCUUGAAGUUUGGAUCAAACGGAGAAGGAAAUGGUCAAUUUAAUGCACCAACUGGAGUGGCUGUGGAUUCCAAUGGAAAUAUAAUAGUAGCUGACUGGGGAAAUAGCAGAAUACAAGUUUUUGAUGGAAGUGGAUCAUUUUUGUCUUACAUCAACACUUCUGCUGACCCAUUGUAUGGUCCUCAAGGACUGGCUCUUACUUCAGAUGGCCAUGUUGUUGUAGCAGACUCUGGAAAUCACUGUUUUAAAGUUUACCGGUACUUACAGUAACUGGAAGGUCACUGUUUUUUGGGAUUAACUGCACUCAAUAUGAACCAAUGGAUCUUCUAGCAAGAUGGAUGGAAAUGGUUUCCAAGUCAUUUUCUCUUAUUUAAUCUCCAUGUGACCAUGUUUACCUUUUAGGCGGUGGCUUGUGUCUAUGUUGGACUGCUUCACCACUACACAAUGGAAAGUUAACUUUCCAGUGUAAAAUUGGAUGCCAAUUAACAUGUUACUGGAAAGUCUGAAACACAAAUUUAUAAACCCUGAUCUUGUGCACUUAGGUCUUGACCUCUUAGAGAAUGAACUCAUGGACAUGGUGCUCCUCAGUGGAGCUUCCACAUUCUGUAAUUAGUUGUUGUCAUACAUCAUUUGCUCAGCACUGAAAUCCAGACGUCUUCUAGCUCUGUGUGUCCUGGUAGGUAUUGUAUUGAAACAUAGGAAAAAACCUUGGUCUUAAUAUUAAUGUAACAUAUUAAAUGUACAUGUGUAUUCAAAAACUUUACAAACUGUUGUCACAUUUGUAAUAAUGGCCUUAGUCGUCUCUACACGGCCAUUUCCAGUUUAUGUGCACUUCUAUUUAUCCUGUGGUACGUUGAUAAAGCAUCAUGAAGUA